UUCUCCACCCACGUGACUUCACGUGUGCUGCCACCCACUCGAUCACGCCUACAAUCAUUAUUAACAAUUUAACCAGUCAACAGAGGAAGAAAGGAGAGGUGGUUUGUGGAGAAAGAUGUCCUUUGAUAGAGAUAUUGACAGCGGGUACGACGGUAGAGACGAGGAGACUGUUACUAGAGAAGAAGAUAAAAACGAAGUCAUUGUAGAGAAACCAGUGGAAAAUGUAGAAAUAGAGGAGGAAGAUGAAGAUGGAGGAGAGAGAGAAGAUGAGAAAAUGUCAGAAGAGGAAGAAGAAGAAUUGAUGUCAUUACAGCCGACUGAGGAAGAUGAAGAGGAGCCAGUUACACAAGAACAUUUCAUUGAAGAAGGACAGUCUCCAGAAGAGGAGGAGAGAGAGGAACCAUCUCCGAAAGAAGAGGAGGAGGAGCAAGAAGAGGAGGAGGGGUCACCACCACAAGAAGAGGAGGAGGGACAGCAGGAAGAGGAGGAGGAGAAGGUACCGUCUCCGCAAGAAGAAGAGGAGGAGGCGUCCCCACCACAAGAAGAGGAGGAGGGAUCGCCACCACAAGAAGAGGAGGAGGGACAGCAGGAAGAAGAGGAGGAGGAGAAGGUACCGUCUCCGCAAGAAGAUGAAGACCUGUCACCACAACAAGAGGAGGAGGAGGAGGAGGUACCACCCCCGCAAGAAGAGGAGGAGGAGGAAAAUGAGGACCUGCCACCACAACAAGAGGAAGAGGGGAAAGUAGAGGAAGAGGUGCCACCUCCGCAAGAAGAGGAGGAGGAGGGGAAAGUGGAGGAUGAGGGGAAAGUGGAGGAAGAGGAGGAGGGAUCAUCUCCACAAGUAGACAAGGAAAUGGUGCAAUCUACACAAGAAGAGGCUGAGCAAGAAGAAGAGGUGGUCAAGCUACCUUCUCCAGAAGAAGAUCAACAAAUUUCUGAAAGUGAAGGGCCUCAUCCUCAUCAAGACGAGCAAAAACAGGAGGAGGAGGAGUCUAAAAAACAGGAGGAGGAGUCUAAAAAACAGGAGCUGACACAAGAAGAGGACACAGGGUCUCCCCAAGUAAAAGAAACUCAAUCUAUUCAAACUACUUUUACAAUAGACAUUGAUGUUCCAGCUAACGUCUCAAGUGAAGCCGCUACUAAGUCUCCGCCCACUCAAAAGAUUAAAACCACGCCCAAGACAAAAGCGUCACGUAAACCCUCAAAGAAAACCACACCCAUUUCAUCAAAUAAAGAAAAUAAGAAAGUCGUCAAGGCACCGACUGAAGUUCAACCCAGCAAAACCACACCCACUUCCUCUCCUAGUUCCUCAAGAGGUUCCCCUAACGUUUCUAGUGCUCGUAAAAGCAGCGGGAAAUCAUCAUUUAAAGCAACAGUUCCUAAGCCGUUUAGUUUUAGUCUGGAUCGGAGGAUAGAGAAACGAGGAGAGUACGACAAAAAGAUAAGACUUCAACGCGAGGCAAUGGAGGAGAGGGAGAGAUUGGAGAAGGAGAGAAGAGAGAGAGAGGAAGAAAUAGCCAACAAAGCACACAGGAAGUCACUCAUACACAAACCUACUCCAAUACAGCAGUAUAAUCCCAUUACUGUUGUGCCCAGUUCAAAGCCAUUGACAGUCCCCGACCCGCCAAACCUUUUAUUGGGAUCCAGAAAAAGAGGUUCGAUUAAAAACGGUGAAGGACAACUCAAAGAAGCACUGUAGAUACUCAGAAGAGAAGACAAAGACUUUUACACGUAAUAGUAACUGUAGAUUAAUGUAUGAUACAUGUGAGAGGGAUGGGGUAGCACUAAACAUUAUUUUUGUAGAGGUAACUUUCAUUUUUAGUUCCAUGUCAUAUUUUGUGUUUUGAUAUUGUCAAGAAAAAACUUUUAAAAUACACUA